AUGGCCUUAGGUACUCCUAUAGAGCUGCGAAGACUUGCUUAUGAUUUUGCAACAAAAUUAAAUUUGAAAAAUAAUUUUGACACUGAGAAAAAACUUGCUGGUAAAGACUGGCUCUAUGGUUUUCUACGAAGAAAUCCUGAAAUACGCUUAAGGGAACCAGACAACACAAGUAUCAACAGAAUACCUUCAUUUAAUGAGGAAGAAGUUAGCCGCUUCUAUACAAACCUUCAGAAGGUUUUUGAGAAGCAUGCUUAUCCUCCAAGUAGAAUUUUCAACCAGGAUGAAACUGGGAUAUCUAACGUCCAGAAGAAAUCAGCAAAAGUGUACGAUAAAAAAGGACAAAAGAGAGUUGGUACGGCCACAUCUGCUGAACGAGGACGGACCAUCACUCUAGUUUGUUGUGUCAGCGCAUCGGGUUCAUAUGUGCCUCCAAUGAUUAUUUAUCCGAGGAUGAGAAUUGCCGCUCACCUAAAGAGAGGAGGCCCAGCUGGUACCGUUUAUGAGUGUUCAAAGAAUGGCUGGAGCAACGAACAGCUGUUUGUCAAAUGGCUUGAACAUUUUUGUGCUCAUACAAAGCCUUCUAAGGAUGACCCCGUCCUUUUGAUUUGUGACAACCAUGGAAGUCACAUAACUCUUGAAGCAUAUGAAGUGUGCAAGAAAAACCACAUAACGUUGGUUUCUAUUCCACCACAUACAAGCCAUCGCCUCCAGCCUUUGGACCUGACGUUUUUUGGACCACUCAAAAGUGCACUCUCAAGAGAGUUUGGUUUGUUUAUGACACAGCAUGCUCACACCAAAAUCUUGACGUCUGAUAUACCUUCAUUGCUAAAUAAUGCUUAUGUAAAAGUGGCCACUAUGGAAAAGGGGAUCAAGGGAUUUUCUGCCGCUGGAAUCUACCCGCUGAACCCGGACAAAUUUACAUCGGAGGAUUUCGCCCCUGCAAACGAAUUCCGGGAACUAGUCGUAGAAGAUGAUCCAGAAACACCAUCCAGGAAGGAGCAGCCCGUAAAUGAUCUGAGAAUUGUUCCAGGGCCUUCAGGUAUUCAGGACGAACUUGUUAACAAGCCUAGAUCUUCAUAUAUAUAUCAGUUGCAGAUGUAG